AUUGAUGAAAAUGGGGACAAGCUACAUACAGUCUUCUCAUAUGUAGUUUUCUGAAUAUAAAACUGCAGCAUCCAGCUGAUGAAGCUGUACUGUACAAUAUGGAUUUUAUAGAAUUAUAAAACUUCAGGGGAAAAGAGGAGACACUAAAGAAGAAUGAAAGCUGAGAUGCUUUUGCCUCCUAUAUUCUCCAGUGCCUCAUAUUAUUUACAUCCUCUUCACUGUAUGAUGUUUCUUAAAAUCUGGAGCACCAGAAUGAAAGGAUACUGAUGCAGGCUGACUGAACCUGUUUUAUUCCAGUGAUUGGAAGACAUGGUACUUGCAAUAAAACUGUUGCUCCUUUUCACCUGUUUUUGGCCAACUUCUCUUUUAAACAAUAAUAGUGACCACCAUCAUCAUUACCAUCACCACCAUCUUCAAAGGUCAUUUAUGAAAAGGCAUAAUAGCAAACGAGAAAUUAAGAUGAGAAAACUAGACAGUACCAAAAUUCGGCCCAUGAAAUCUGAACAACUUCUUCGCAUAGAGGACCAUGAUUUUGCAAUGAGACCUGGGUUUGGAGGCUCACCCAUACCAGUGGGUAUUGAUGUACAAGUAGAGAGCAUUGACAGCAUUUCAGAAGUUGACAUGGACUUCACAAUGACUUUGUAUCUUAGACAUUAUUGGAAAGAUGAGAGACUCUCAUUCCCUAGUACCAGAAACAGAAGCAUGACCUUUGAUGGAAGACUAAUUAAAAAGAUCUGGGUACCUGACAUAUUUUUUGUUCACUCUAAAAGAUCUUUUAUCCAUGACACAACUAUGGAGAAUGUUAUGUUACGUGUCUAUCCAGAUGGCAAUGUCCUCUUCAGUUUACGGAUAACAGUGUCCGCCAUGUGCUUCAUGGACUUCAGUAGGUUCCCACUGGACACUCAGAACUGCUCUCUAGAGCUGGAAAGCUAUGCCUACAAUGAAGAUGACUUGAUGCUGUAUUGGAAGCAUGGGAAUGAAUCCCUCAGCACAGAUGAACAUAUUUCUCUUUCCCAGUUCUUCAUUGAAGAAUUCAGUGCUUCUAGUGGAUUGGCAUUCUACAGCAGUACAGGUUGGUACAAUCGGCUUUUCAUAAAUUUUGCCCUGAGGAGGCAUAUAUUCUUUUUUGUUCUGCAAUCCUAUUUCCCAUCUAUGCUGAUGGUAAUGCUGUCAUGGGUUUCUUUUUGGAUUGACCGAAGAGCUGUUCCUGCAAGAGUAUCACUAGGUAUAACUACUGUGCUAACAAUGUCAACCAUAAUCACAGGAGUAAGUGCCUCAAUGCCUCAGGUGUCUUACAUAAAAGCAGUGGAUGUAUACUUGUGGAUCAGUUUUCUCUUUGUCUUCCUCUCUGUCAUUGAAUAUGCAGCUGUAAAUUAUCUCACCACAGUAGAAGAACGAAAACAACUGAAAAAGAGAGGGAAGGCUGCUGGACAGUAUAACAUUGAUACCGUGCAAGCAAUGGCCUUUGAUGGCUGUUAUCAUGAACCAGAUCCUGACAUCGACUUCACUACCUUUUCAGUUCAUUCCACAGAGAGUUCGACAAGGGAACGAGCACCUAGUAUUGCCAACCCAGAUGCACCUCGCAUUAAGAGGAAGAGAUCAUUGCGAGGAAAUGUAGGCAGAAUUAUUUUGCAGAACAACCAUGUUAUUGACACAUAUUCCAGAAUUAUAUUUCCAAUUGUAUAUAUCGUGUUCAACUUUUUUUACUGGGGGUUGUAUAUAUGAAUGAAGAGGACCAUAACCAAAACCUUUUUCAAGUACACCAGAAGAGUGGGCGUCACUAAAUACAUGGCAUUCAUUGAGAUGCAAUGCUUGAAUAAGAGUAACAAACAUAUGAUUCUGGCUGCUGAAUGAAAAACCUGUGAAUUAAGAAGAAAGGCUCCCACUGGCUCUGGGUUUGUUAUGUGUUUGCUGUACUUUUGUCUCUGCUGUACUAAAAGAUGGAUCAUUUUAACUGGCUUGCAUAUCUACUUUUGCUGUGUCACAUGCAGAAUUGGCAUUUAUGAGAUUUGCUGUCAUAUUGAUACAUAGUGUACAGAACAAUUUAAAAGCUACCAUGACCACACUACUCUUAAAGCACGUAACAGCCAAUCCUCCAUUCUCUGUCCAAUCUUGCAAAGAUGAUCCAAACUAGUAUGAUGAAAUCAGCACCAGAUUUCUUCCCCAGAUGAUCCCACUCCUCAUUUACCCUUCUGCAUUCCUGGAGCAUUUUUAUAUGUCCUUCAAUGGAAUUCUGAAGGAUGAAUUCUUCCUGAUGGGUUGAUUAAAGACCAACUGUAGCCAUAGAGAAAGUCAACGAGAAGCCAAAGCACACAUAAUGUUGAGAUCAAGUAACUGGUGUACAUGUGCAAUCUGUCUGCCAUGUGUUUUAACAUGUCCUGUCAUGCGCUUGGUUGUGCACUUAGGUGUCUAUGCAGACAUGUGAUAGAUGCCCCAAAGUGGUGAAAAACAUAUUAUGUCCCUGGUAAAAUAUAGAAAGUUCAAAAUAUUAAAAUAUAAUCAAGUCACUUAUAAUGUUAAAACACACUUAAAUAGUUAAAACUUCUCAGUGAAGGUUAAAAAUAAAAAUAAAAUUUAAAAUAAAAAUGUAGGAAAAUCAGUGAAUCCAUUUAAAACUCCUAUCUUUUGCAUGCUAUAAGUAGCCAAAGGCUUCUACCUAAAUAAAAAAAGCUUUUUCUGCCAUUGGAAGGACAACAGGGACAGGCCCACCCUGAAUUGUGUACCUUUCUUCAUAUCAGCUGGGCAACACAGUACAGGAAGGGCCCUGCCACUUUCCUAAUCUGGAUCGCUGCCACAGAGUCACCAUUUGGCCUGCAGGAGGAUAUUUAGUGGUAGCUGCAUGGAGCAUGUCAGAUUAGGAAUUUUGAAACAGGAAGGUAGAGGGGUUAACCUCUCCUCUCCCAGUAUCUUCCCCCAAUCCAAAUUGUAGCCUCCCACUUCUGCUCUUGAUGUUUUUAAAAAACCACAGGACAUCUUUCUGAUUACAGAUUUCCUGGAUCAUGCUGGAUUGGUAACAUGUGGUAGAACAAUGGAGGCACACAUUUUAGGCUACCCUGUAGCACUCCAUUCAGAUGCACAAUGUAGAAUGACUGAAAGUGAAGUUCUUUAAAAUCAGAUCUCUCAUCUAAGUACCACAAUAAGAAGAUUGGGCUGGAAAUAUUUUCUGAAGUAUUGAUUCAUAAAAAUUAGAAAAUGAGUUCUGAUCUGUCAAGGAGUA